CCAAUUAUGAUCCGAAUGUUUUUAUUUCCUUAAAAUAUUCCGCUCUAAAUCAAAAAACAAUUUUUUUCAUAAUUUCCCUGAGAGUGCUCGUUGACAGGAUGUUGUUGCUGUUGCUCUUAUCGCUAGGUACUGGCAGAGGAUGAUAAGAUUUUGGCAAGGACCUGGUAUUCUAACUAAACUAAGGAAGCAUUUGACCAGAUUGCCAUGAACUUCGGUGUUGUGCGUAUGCUCGAUGGCGUGCGCCGCCGAGUCCUUGGUCACGAAUUUAAUGAAUGCGAAACCCUUGUCCUUGAAGACACGCACAUCCUGAAUGUUCCCAAAAGAUGGCCCUCCAGAAGAUCGUCGAGAUGCGAAAGAAGAUCUUGCUACUGGUCCAGGGCCAGUACCAGUCCCAGUCCCAGUCUUAGGAGAAGCAGUCGCCAGCACAGCCCGUCAAUCGCCGACACACCACAGAAAUCACCAGCUCCUCGAUGGGUGCUAUACGAGCGACCAGCGUGGACGGCCAAGUACUUUGGCGUCCAGGAGACCUUCAAGUCCACAACUACCGCGAUCAAGACGCAGUCGAUGCCGCCACGAAUUGUGACCAAGGCGGAGGCCACCAACGAGCAUGUGCGUCAGCUGGGGACGACAUUCCUCACGCAGAAGCGUCGCGAGAUGCUGAAGCGCAUGAGUCCCAUCUCCCUGGAUACCUACACGAGCAGCUCCAUCAGUCCCACAGCGAUUCCCAGUCCCAAGAGAGCGCAUUCGCCCGGCAAUCGUGCAAAGGCCACCAUCUCCAGCUUCGAGGACAUUGAGGUCACGCCCCAAGAGCUAAAUGCCGCCGGCAAGGACUUCAAGCGACUGUGCGUCGAGAUAUUGGACUGAAAAAUUGUUAAAUUUUGGCCAAGUA